CCGGGGGGCCUCCAUCAAUGGGGGCGAGUUGGCCUUUUCUCCCGCAUGCUGGGGCUGGUCCCCAAUUAUAAUCAUACCGACAAGUCGAUCGCUGUGGUGGCGUGGGAGCUCACCGAGCUCAUGGGGCACGUGGUCUGCGUCGUCGACCCGUGCUCCGCCACGCCUUGGUUCCUGCGCAUAGUCCUGAUGCCGGACUUCCUCUUCUUGGGCCUACACUGGGCCGGUACCGAUGUACCUGUUUCUUCCCUCGGUACAUACUACCACUUCCUUGUGGCUGCCAUCAGUCAACGGCCCUUGGCAACAGGGGCUAUGGCAUGCUACCCACUCCCAUUCAACACGGAGUGGCUCAACCUCUUCUGCGCACUCGAAGCGCAUCUGGGCGGUAAGGCUGGAGACAUCGACCACCUUCCGCCCAGCAUGUCAUCAAUCCCUGCUGCCGCCGCCGCCGCCGCCGCCAACGUCCCCGACGCCACGGCCGUGUCAAGCUUCGCGCCGGCCGUCGCCGCCUUGGACGUCGACAUGGAGGAGGUUGAGGAGGAAACUGGGGUGGUCGGUGGAGUUAUGGGUUCGGGUUCGGGGGUCGCCGGGGGUUCCGCUGGGGGUUCUGUUGGUGGUUCUGUUGGGGGGGGGGCAUUGCCCCAAUUGUCACCAGGGACGGCCGGGUGA